UCCAAAUUGAAAUGGAAGAUGCAGAUGACUACUCUGCGGCCGCGACUACCGUUCUCUUCGACCGUCCGAUCCCGCUGCUCCGGGGACCAGUACCCGCCGGUGGUUCUCAUGUUCUAGCUUUCCGAUCCCUGGAUUCAUGGUCAGCCGCUUUCAAGCGCUGCGAAACCCUAAUCAAGGAGCAGUGCGAGGAAGGUGCUAGGAUUGGGUGCGCCGUCUCCGCCUCCAAGAACUGUAAGCCGCCGUGGUGGCGGGGCUCUGGCGACAUGAGGGAGCGAGACAAGUGCGAAGAGCGGGAAUUUAAGGCAUGUGUGGCUGCCGCCAUGGACAAGUGUGCGGGCUUCGCCAGAGACAAGUGUUCUGGAGCGUUUUUAGAGGCGCGAGUCGCGAGUGAUGUUGAGGGAUUGGUGUGGCUAGCGUCAAUGCCGGAGGAAAGCACGUGGCGUCAUCUCAUGGGGCUGGCUUCGCUGGCUCAGACCAAGUGCCGCAGAGCCAGGGAUCUUCUAAACCAUUAUAAGUCAAACCAAACUCUUAAUUAGUUGCAGGCUGAUGAUCAUUAGUUAUGGUGUAUUCUGUGAUACUGAUGAAUGAUGAUGAUGUUUCCCUUUUUCUUAUUUCUGGUUAGUUUGUUCAGAUUUCAUUAGAUGAUAGGUCUUCAAACAGACUCUUGAGAUUAAGCUUGGUGCUACUCUAAAUGAAUCUUGUUUCUUAUAUCUACACAUAACUGCUUGAUCAAUUUCAAAUGUAUGUCACUGAGCUACCAAAGCCUCUUGUGUUGUGUGUUA